AUGGCUUCAUUAAUUCAGUCUUCAAAUACACCUAGUCCUAUCAUAAGUGCUUUUUACAGUAUAAAAUGGUUUCAUGAAAUGUUUGAUUUCAAUUCACCAACAAACUCUAAUUUGGUUAAAAAUAUUUUAGAAGCUGCGAAACGUAGACUUGCAAAACCUGUUGUUAAGAAAGAACCAAUGACUAUUGACUUGUUGGGAAAAAUGUAUAGUGAUUUAUUUGUUGAAGGAAACAUCAAGAAUCAAAGGACGAUUUGUGCAUGUUUACUAGCUUAUUCUGGUUUUCUUAGAAGUGAAGAACUUUUAAAAUUACGCAGAUGUAAUAUUUUGUUUAAUUCAGUAUAUAUGAGUUUGUUUAUUGAAUCUAGUAAGACAGACAAAUAUAGAGAUGGUGCAUGGAUUCUAAUUGCUAGAACAGGCACACUGUUAUGUCCAGUUCUGAAUCUUGAAAGGUAUUUUUCUUGGGCUAACAUAGACUGUGAUUCCGAUACUUACAUAUUUUGUCAUUUGACUGGUACCAAGAAUGGUUAUAAAGUUAGGAAAGAUGGUAAACAUUUGGCAUAUAGCAAUCUUAGAACUUUAUUCUUGGAGUCUUUAAAGCCACAUGUUAAAGAUGUAAGCCGCUACUGCUUACAUUCUCUGAGAUCUGGUGGUGCUACCUCAGCUGCAAAUAGGGGUAUAGACAGGCUAUUUAAACGCCACGGAAGGUGGCGGAGUGAAUCAGCCAAGGAUGGCUACGUAAAAGAUUCAGUAGACGAGAGGUUAAAGGUGUCUCUGUCCUUGGGACUUUAA